ACAAGUCAGUUAUUCAGUCUGUGAGAGGGGAUGUAGAAGAGACGAGUGAGGAAAAAGUUUGUUUAACUCUUCAUCUCAAGUCAAAUUUUUUUUUUAUUUGCUCUGAUAAAAGGAUUUUUUUUUUACAAGAAGAAUUUUCAUCCUGUUGAGUUAUCAGUAUUCAAUUCCCAAUGGCUCCUAAGACAAAGAAGACUUUGAAAAAGAAGGAUUCUGACUCUUUUGGAGAGAAAGACCCUUUCAAGCUCAAGAAAGAGAAGAAGGAUGCUGAUAAAAAGAAGAAAGAGAAGGGCUACAAGACAUUUGAAGCUGCUGAAAGCUUCUCAGAAGAAGAUGAUGAAAGAGGGAAAGGAAAGAAGAGAGGCAGCCUGUUCAGAAAUCGCUUUGCUCCUUCUGCAAAAGCCAAACCAAAGGACAAAAUGAAGGGCGAUGAAAAAGAUGGAAAGAUAACGGAAGAGCGAAGACCAAGCAAGGAAAGGGCAAAGGAGGAUAAGAAGUCGAAGGGUAGUGGAGAAGAGAAGAAGAUUAAGGCAAGCAAUGAAGAGAAGAAGGUUAAAGCAAGCAGUGAGGAAAAGAAGAGGAAUAAAAGCAAGGAGAGAGAGAAGAUAAAAAAAAAAGCUCACACCAUUGAUGUUCCAUAUGUUAAACCAGAGCCAAUAUUUGGGGUACCUUUGGAAGCUGCUGUUGCCAGAUCUAAGCUGUAUGAUAAUGUUGAUUUACCAAAGAUCGUCAGAGAAUGUAUCGAUUAUGUGGAGGAAAAUGGUGAGAAUUUCUUUUUCAACUAGCAUGCUCUUAUUUCAAGGAUAAUAUAUUUGAGCCAAAAGGUAAAUAUUUGGAUUUUCAAUGAUAUUCCAGGAUUCGGUGAAUAUUAAUGAACAUAUUUUUUUUUUUGGGGGGGGGGGGGAGUUUAGCAGAUUAAUCUGAUUACUUUUGCUAACAGAAGCCAAUUCAGUAAGAAUAAUCACAGUUUACAUUUACCAUGAUAUCAUCAAAAGAAUUCUGUAAUUAGAAUGAUUAGCCUACAUUCAGCAUUCGCCCCUCCAAUGUUGUAUGAUGUACACUUAAAGUCAAUUGUUUUCUACCGUCCUGUCACAUACAUUUUCCAUAACUAAGAUCAUAGGAUUUUAUGAAUUGUGACACCCUUUCCUCACCUCAAGUUCAUUACAACAAUAUUCAAGAACCUGGUGUCAUCUUUCCUUUUACAAGAAAUAUUUAACACUUAAGAUUUCCCCCUUCUAACAAAUGUGCCAUAUGGUUACACCCAUCAAUGUCUCUGAAGUGUGUCAUAUCUGAAAAUAGCAAUUCACCUUUAAUGCAAUAUUACUCAUAAGAACAAAAUACCUACUGUUAAACCUUGGUUUAUUUUAGAAGAUACCAGGAUAGUGUGACUUCAUGCUAGUUUUCUUUUUCCUUUUUUUUAAACAUAAAUAUUAAGGCACUAUAUUUCUUAGUUAAAUUGAAUUUUUUUACCAACUUAUGCACUUUUGUAACUGCCGAAUAUUGACUUAGUAGUACAAGUAAUUAUGGUUUAUUAGAAUGAUCAUUGUAGCUGUAGGCUGCAUUAUAAUCAAUCUACAAGUUAAAAAAAGACAUACCAUCAUAAAGAGUGAUAAAUACAUGAAUUACAAUAUUUCGCACUAAAAAAUCACAAGAUAAAGAAUGAAGGAGAAUUGGGACAGACAAGUGUGGAGAAGAAGGGCAAAAAUAUUAAGAAUAAUGGAAGGCGCGAGAAGAAUAUGGAGGAUAGAGUGGAAAAGGAGUGAAAGGUAUAGCUUUUAGAGAGGAAGAGGAUACAGUUCUUCUCAUGCUUGCAGGAGAAGAAAAAGAGAUGAAAAUAAUUAAUGGAGCUAAAGGGGAGAAUAGAAUAAGAAAAGAGAGAGAGGAGUUAGAUAAAUUAUAUAGGCAAUCAACAGAAAGGGGGAAGGAAAAAAUAGUUGUUUACAUUAUUCAUGGUAUCGUUUUUUUUUGUUCAAAAUCAAUAUCAGCUUUCAAAUUUCAAAUUCAAAAGUUUCCAUUAUCAUAGCGUCUAAUUUGGAAUAAUGCACAAAAGGUAAAGAAUAUCAAAACAAGUUUCAUCAGGAAGUAUUUGGGUGAUUGCAGAAUAUUAAAAUUAGUCGGUUUGAUCAAAGUAUUAUAAAAUAAAAAUACCGGUAAGCAUGGAUUGACCAUGAACAGGCAUGUUGUCGAACGUAAAUGACUAAAUGAAUAAAUAUACUGCCUGUAAGAUGAAAUAUCAUGAAUAUUGAUUGGAUUAUUUGAUUCCUUCUUUCUUUUGUAUGACUGGGAUGGGAUGGUAUUUAUGAACCUGGUGUUUUUUUAAUGGAUUUGUAAAUUCUUGAAUUGGCAAUAUAUUUUAGGUACACUGCAUGUAUCUGUUAUAAAUAUGUAAAUAAGCAGAACAAAUAGUUACAAACAUAAAGAGAGUAUAAAAUGAAACCACUAAUC